AUGGCUAGAAUCCCAGCGCUGAACACUGCAAAGGAGUCUCGCAUGUCGUCUCCUGCUCCCACUGCCGACCGCCGCCGCCCAAGAAGCUCUCACCUCUCUGCCUCUUCCGAAUCACCGAUCCCCAUCCAAAUGCAAAUGCAUGACGAGGAAGAGCACUCUGAGACGGAAGCCCCUACCUACAAGUCGGAGCAAGCAAACAAGACGGCCAAACGAAUAACCUGGCUCGACAACCAAUGGGGCGACAGUAGCUGGAUACCAGCAGAUGUACGACAAGCCCUACCAAACAAAGCUCCCAUAGCUGGAGAAACAGUCCGUUAUCUUGUCAAGAUAACCAAGAUAGCUAAGCGGGAAAACGUUGCUCUCGCCUCCCUCUGGGACAACAACUCUCCAUACCAUUUCCUUCGACAAGCUGUCAAUCAGGGUAACAAACCUCCCCGUCUUCUCUCCAGCAUGGCUGCCCAGGUCUACAAAGACUGGAACAAGAGGACUGGAGAGCUAGGCGCUUCUGACAACGUGAGCGACCCCGAGCCUAGUGAUGACUCUGAGGACGACACCACCAAAUCCAAGCAGGAAGCAUCAGACUCGGAGAGCGAAAGCGAUGCUGGCGAAAAGUCCAAAGCCAUUUCAGCCCCUCCUACUUCGGUGAAGAGACCCAACACAUCUCCUUUCCCCCACCAGUCUCCCUCUCCCAGGAAGCCGAACCUUUUUGCCAAGAGAUCAACAGCCAUGCCUGUCUCUACUCGACCAUCUCCCGCUGCUGCUUCAACUCAUCUGCCCGAGCAAGUUCAUUCGAGCCUCCUCCCCUCCAAGCGCAAGAGCGACGACGAAACACGCAUCGAUGCCCCUCCUUCGAAGCGUCCAGAGCUCUCCAAGCGACAAGGCUGGGAAGAUCAGGCGCACGCCAAAGCAGCCGCACUCUUGCAGCAGCUGACCGAGGAUACGCGUCUUACCAGCGACUCCUUGGAAAUCCUCUCCAAGGUUCUCGUUGCUCCCCAUCCUCUCGUCCAGGGCGGCAAAGUAAACCUCAUCGAUCCCCUCUGGUUCAAGCUCAACAGCAAGAAUCCCCCUGACCGCACCACGAAGUUUAGCAACUGCAAUGUGGUCUGUUUUCCCAUUCACCACCCAAACCCCAAACACUGGACCCUCGCUGUCAUCUACAUCACCGCCGACAGCAUGACCCUUCGUCAUCACGACUCCAUGCCCAGUUUUCAAGUUGAGCACUACAAUGUCGUAUGUGCUCGUUUCAAGGAGUGGAAGGAACACCAUGGCUUCAAGCAUGCACUUUCUUUCAAACGCAUUGAGACAUGCACCCAACAACGCGACACUACAAACUGUGGUAUCCACGUACUAUCCUGUCUUCGCAACGAAUUAGCGGGCAAGCAAUGCACCGAAUCUCUGAGCCCUGCUGAAGAGCGAGAGUUUCUCAUCCAAUGCAUGAAAGACGCCGACCACAACGCAACUGCGCUUUCCGACACGGAUCACGAUAUUGUUCGUGAGUUCAACAAGCUCUUGGUCGCUCAUAAGAAGCGAGUGGAUACUGAAGAACAAAAUAAGAUUUGGGCAGAGAUUGGUGAGACCACAAUGGAGGCACUUGCUGCCCAAAGCAAGGAUGCCGAGGCCCAGCGUCUCUUGAUAUCGGCAGAUCUGAGCCAGGCCAAGCAGGCUGUGGAAAAGCUCGUCAUACAAUAUGAUACCCUUGUGGAGGCAUGCAACAGCAUGACUCGAGUUCUCGACUCUGAGGGCAUCGCACCUGAUACAGCCCAUCCCAACACCUUGAGCAAACAGACUGGUAUGUCUCAGAAGGAGCUCAUCGCCAACCGAAGCAGAGUCGUUGAAGAAUUCAUGGUAUCUGGUUUCUGCGAGGCAUCUGACAUUGCCAAGGAUAAUCUACAGAAACAGAUCCACGGCCUAUCUGAUCGCAUCACAGAAGCCAACGAGGAAGUGUGGCGUAAGAAGACGGAAUUUGAUAGAGCAGAGAGAUUGGUCAAAAUAAUUGCCUGCAAGUGUGAGGCCAAGGAGGCUGUCCUGAAGAUGGUGCAGCAAGGACAGGAGGGACUUUUCAGCAAUUGA